AUGUCAAAUAUUUUAGCCCCAUUCCAGUUAUUGGAGCUUAACAUAAUAUCGGCGCAAGACUUGGCCAAUGUGUCGCGCUCCAUGCGCACCUACGCGGUGGCGUGGGUGCACCCAGAUCGGAAGCUCUCAACCCGGGUGGACACCCAUGGCGACAACAACCCCACGUGGAACGACAAGUUCGUGUUCCGCGUCGACGAGGAAUUUCUAUACUCCGACACCUCAGCCGUGAUGAUCGAGAUCUACGCGCUCCACUGGUUUAGGGACGUCCACGUGGGCACGGUCCGUGUCCUCGUGGGCAAUCUCAUCCCCGCCCCGCCGCGGUUCCGAUCGCACCAUCACGGCAACAACCAACCCCAGAUAGGCAUGCGGUUCGUGGCGCUCCAGGUGCGUAGGCCAUCGGGGCGGCCACAGGGGAUUCUCAACAUCGGCGUGGCGGUGCUCGACAGCUCCAUGCGCAGCAUGCCUCUCUACUCGCACCUCAACGCCGUUGGAUAUCGCCACCUCAUGGGCGAGGAGGACUCCGGCAUUCAACACGGCACUACUGGCUCCAAUCAGACACCUCUCUCCAAGCCCUCUCUCCGCCGCACCAAGAGCGACAACAGCUCCAUGAUUGGCUCGGAGCUUCGCGCCUCAGAACUCCGAGGGGGCACCAAGGGUAAAAACGGAAAAUCCAGCUCGUUGGUCAACGCGUCCGAAGUGGGGCCCAGGAAGAAGAAGGGACGCUCCAAAGCGAGCUCGAUGAUCAGCGGUUCUGAUGCCGGGAAGGCCAAAAGGUAUGGCAAGAACAAGAAGGCCAGCUCGUUAAUCAGCGGCUCGGAAAUCUCCCGGGACCCACCGAGGAAGGGUAAAAUUGGAAAACCAAGUUCCGCUAUUAGCGUCUCGGAAGUUGCCGACGACCCCACUCCAAGGAAGGGCCAAAAAAACGGUCGUAACGGUAAGCCAAGUUCGGUACUGAGCGGCUCGGAGGUUGCGCCGCCGAAAAAGGUGGUGUUGAAUGAAACACCCGUGAUAGAAAUCGACAACUGGUCGGAGUCCGAGGUGGAGAAACCGAAAGUGAAGCUGGAGAAAGCGGGUUUGAAUUUGGAUUUCGGGACCCCGAGAAAGGAGAGCACGCCCGUACAUCACUCACGUUCGACACCCAUGCACCCACGCACCACGCCAGUCCAUCCUCGCUCCACGCCGGUCCACCAUCGCUCCACGCCGGUCCACCAUCGCUCCACGCCGGUUCAUCCACGAGCCACGCCCAUGCGCACAAAGUCCUUCCACAAAUUCAACGGGCUGUUGGAGUAUGGGACACCAAGAAGGUCGGGGGCGGCGGAAUACGGAGCAACACCGGGGCGGAAGACGGCGAUAUUGACGGAGUCGGAGUUGGGGCCGUCACCUUCGGAGGUGGCAGCGGAGAUGGCGAAGGCACCACGGGUGGACGAGGAGGGGAGUUCGGUGGUGGGCGGGUGGAGCCUGGAUGAGAGCGUGGAGGGGCUGCAGUCGAAGCUCGAGCGGUGGCGGACGGAGCUCCCUCCCGUGUACGACCGCGGCGAGUUCUCGAGCAUCCGGUCAAGCGAGAACAGGCGCGGGCGGCGCCACUCCGAUAGUGGCAAUGGCUUGUUCUCCUGCUUCAGCAACAUAUGUGGGUGUGAGUGCCAGAUCGUUUGCGGUGGAGGAGGCCCCGGCGGGGGGAGCAAGAAAGGUGAUAGUGGGCGGGUCCGCCGCUCUUCUUCAGCCGAUGAUGUCAGCUACAUUUAAAUCUCGGUCAGUCUCGUUGCGAAGAAACACAGCUUGGAUUUUGUUAAUGUGCGGUGAGGACUAUGUACAUGCACGGUGGGGACGACUCCAUCUUAUGAAGGAUAAGACCGUUCAUAUUGGGGGUGAAUG